AUGGAAUUAACCAAUUUAAAAAAGAAAACAGAUAAAGCUAUUGCUGAUCCAGUUGCACGAAAUGAAGCACGACGUUAUUCAUUACCAACACGUCUUGCCUUUUUACCUGAUAAAACUAUUGGUGAAUUAUGGUAUUUUCGACUUUUAACAUGGAUUUAUUAUUAUAUAUUUAUUUGCUUUCAUGAUUUUGAAAUUAUUGGUAUGGAUAAAAUAGAUCCGAAACAAAGUUGUCUUUUUAUCUCUCGACAUUCAACACAUAAUGCAGAAAUUACAGGUAUUAUUGUAUGUUCAUAUUAUGAAACAGGCAGAGUUAUUCGAUCAUUGAUCCAUCGACAAUUGAUUCCAUUCUUUCCAGUACUUCGAUUAUUGGGUUGUGUACCAGGUCAACGAGAUACUGCAAUAUCACUAUUAAAUAGUGGAUUUUGGGUAGCUGUUAUUCCAGGUGGAGGAGAAGAAGCUAUGGUUGGUCAUGAAAAUGCAUAUGAAGUACGUUGGCCAGAGAAGCGUAAAGGUUUUGUUCAUGUAGCUACCGAAGCUCAAGCACCAAUUGUACCAACGUUCUUAGCGAAUCAAGAAGAAAUGCGUUGGAAUCCAAUACUAUUCUUCUGGAAUCUUUUAGGUCUUGGUCGUUUAUAUUCUUCUAUACUUAAAUUAAAUAUACCAAUUUUUACACCAAUACUAAAUACAAUUGGUGAAAUUGUAUGGUUUACAAUGACAUGGAUUCAAAUUCCUAUACCAGCAAAAUUAACUUUAUAUAUUGGUGAUCCAAUUCCAUAUGAUAUAUCAAAAGAUUCAAUUGAGGACAUUGUUGAACGAUCUCGCAAUAGUUUACAAGCUUUAAUUAACCGACAUCAACCACAAGGAAAAUGUUAUUCCAAUGCUAUUAAACAACGAAUUGCAUCAUUGAAAAAAUAUUGGAUUUCAAAAAUUUCGAAAUAA